UCUAGGCAGAGCCGAGCCCCAGCGCUGGGAGUGUGGGGGGUGUAGACGCUCCGCGGGGCGCUGUGGGGUCGGGCGGGGGCUCUUACUGCUAUUCUAUAGACUAAGGGAGUUGGUUUUUUAGAAACAAUCCGAUGGAAAAAUCCAAAAAUUUCCGGAUCGAUGCUCUCCUAGCAGUCGACCCUCCCAAAGCAGCCGCCGCCUCCGCACAGACCUCACCGCUGGCCUUGGUCACCUCCCUCGCCAACACAUCUGGCCACAGCAGCAGCAGUAACAGCAGCAGCUGCAGCCCCCCGUCCUCCUCCGAGCGCCACAGCGGCGGCUCCUCGGACUGCCUGCGGACUGAGAGCCCUUCGCCGCCGCGGAUCCUCGCCGCGCAUUGCGGGCUGCUGCCCAAGCCCGGCUUCCUGACCAGCACCAGCAGCACCAGCAGCCAUCACCACCACCAUCACUCCGCCGGGGGCAUGGCCCUGGGACUGCACCAGGGGGGAGCGGGCAUCCCCACCCAGGCCGCCCUCUACGGGCACCCCAUGUACAGCUAUUCGGCAGCCGCUCUGGCCGGGCAGCACCCCGCUUUGUCCUACUCCUACUCCCAGGUGCAAGGGGCUCACCCUUCUCACCCUGCCGCAGACCCCAUCAAACUCAGUGCCGGGACUUUUCAGCUGGAUCAGUGGUUACGAGCAUCCACAGCGGGCAUGAUCCUCCCCAAAAUGCCGGACUUUAACUCCCAGGCGCAGUCCAACCUGCUGGGGAAGUGCCGGCGGCCCCGCACCGCCUUCACCAGCCAGCAGCUGCUGGAGCUGGAGCAUCAGUUCAAGCUGAACAAAUACCUCUCCAGGCCCAAGCGCUUCGAGGUGGCCACGUCUCUCAUGCUCACCGAGACCCAGGUGAAGAUCUGGUUCCAGAACCGGCGCAUGAAGUGGAAGCGGAGUAAAAAGGCCAAGGAGCAGGCGGCGCAGGAGGCCGAGAAGCAGAAGAGCGGGCUGGGCGGCGAGGACAAGGCGGACGCGGAGCUGCUGCCGGCCCCGGAGAAGAGCAGCGGCCGCCGGCUGCGGGAGCUCAGGGACAGCGACCCCGAAGAGGAGGAAGCCGGGCACUGCUGCCCCUACAACUCCUCCGACUGCUCCGAGGGUGACGAGGAGGAGACACAGCCCCGCAGCAGGCAGCCGCCCCCCGGCCAGCCCCACCUUUGGCGUCAGUGAAAUGAGUCCCAAAUGCAGCCAUCUUCCUGCACAGGAGAAAGAACAGCUAAUCUUAUACCAGUACCUUUUAUUUCUACAUGGGAAAUAUUCGUCUUCAGCUGCACAAGCCCAGAUCCAUCAUUGCUCUUUGGUGUCAGCAUUUCAGCUGUCAUGCAACAAACAAACAGAGAGACCAAACAGGUAAUAUUAGAGGUGAGCAGCUUUGGUAAGGUUUGGCUUUUUUUUUUUUAAAGGCACAUUGACAAAAGGAUUCUUCUUCCUACACAUGGUAGAGAAGAUUUACAGUUCACCACAGUGUUAAGAGACAUUUAAAAAACUUGAAUCCUACUCAUGGAAACCCUAUUCUUUUGCUGAGUAUUGGAAAUGUUUUGUGCUUAUUAUAUAUCUGGAAAACUGUUUGUCAUGAACGUUAAAACUGCUGGAAAUCUCAAGACUGUACUGUCUUUAUUUUUGUAUAUUGUAUUUAUAAAAAGGGGUACCUCUACUUAUGCAUGCUAAAUUAUUAUCCAGCUUCUCCAUCGUCCAUGAUGGUAUGUAAAAUAAACAUUUUGUACUUGA